AAAUUCCUGUUGAAACAAUAACGAUCCCAGAACAAUUAAAAGACAUUAUUGUGAGUGUGGAAUCGAAAGAUGGUAUGAUACUAGAGAGCAAAAUUGAAAAUAAAAAAAUAAUGCUUAUGGUGACUGACAACGAACUUCAAAAAAAGGAUCAAAAAUUCUACAUACAUUCCGUAAAAAUUACUGGAAAAAAGUCCAACAGCGAUUGUGAACAGUCUUGCUAUGUAAUCAUGAAAAUAGAACCAGCCAAUCAUUAUCCACCAUUCUUUACUUCUCAUGAGAAUAAAUUUCUUGUGCCUGAGAAUGAAAACAAUUUUGGUGAAAUAGUGACGUUAAAAGCAAAAGAUGAUGAUAAAGCACCAAUCAACAAGAUUACAAAGAUCUAUAUCAAAGAUGAUGGUUCACUGGAUGAUAAGUUUGAACUUGAAUGGAAAGAACGCCCUGAUGAGGCAUCAGUGGUUCUUAAGAAUUCUCUGGAUUAUGAGACAAAACAGUUCUAUCGAAUUGAAGUCGUUGCAGAGGAUACUGGUAGAAAUAGCUCUGAACUACCUAAAUCAGGAUCAACAGUCAUCUUCAUAGAUGUAGGGGAUGAAGAUGACAAUGGUCCAAGUUUUAUCAAAGUUUGUCCUGUCACAAGAAUCCCUGAGAUGGAGAAUAUUGGUACAUUUGUAUUUGAUGUGAAAGCAGAAGAUGGUGACUAUGGAAUUAGAAAUGAUAUAAAAUAUAAUAUUGAAACGUCAAGCACUGCAGCAGAAUUCUUUAAAAUCAGUGAUGACGGAGAUGUUUCUGUUAAGAAGAAAAUCAAUCGUGAAGAUCCAAACCUAAAAUUGAUAAGUAGUCCAAUGUUGGUUCUCCCUAUAAAGGCAACAGAAUGGCAAAAUGGAAGUGAAGUACACAACAGAUCAAUAGAAAUUAAGUGUACCAUUAUCAUUGAAGAUAUUAAUGACAAUCCUCCAGAGUUUAAUAACAAAAACUAUAAUGCUGUUGUCCGAGAAAACACACAGAAAAAUAUUCCUGUUGAAUUCCAAGAUGAGUCAUUUGUAAAAGACCUCGAUAUGGGUGAUAAUGCUAAAUUUAGUCUCAAGUUGUCACAAGAAGAUAACAUAUUUGAGGUUACACCAUCUUCAGGGAUGAACAAACUUCCUUUCCUCAUUCGUGUUAAAGAUCCUUCUAAGCUUAAGUAUGAUUGCUCAAAAGAAUGUACAGAAAAAGUUUUUAAUUUGCAACUUACAGCUACAGAAACCGAAAAAAAUAUCAAUGGCGUUUAUAGUAGUGAUGAAGCUUCAAUUAAAAUAACCAUGCAAGAUGAGAAUGACAAUUUUCCUGAGUUUGAGGAUAUAGAAGAAGCUUCUAUCAGUGAAAAUGCUUCAGCUGGAGACAUUGUUACACAGAUCAGGGCCACUGAUAAAGAUAUGGGAUUAUAUGGUACAGAAGGUAUCAGAUAUUCACUUGUGAGUGGAAGUUUUGUGGAAGACUUUUCUAUUGACCGUAUUAGUGGAAUUCUUACUGUAAAAACUGAUGAUCAUAAACUUGAUAGAGAAAAGGUACCAGAUUUUUACAUUACCAUUAAAGCACAAGACAAUGAUGGUUCAGGCAACAGCAACACUCUACGACUAAAGAUUAUUCUGAUAGAUGCAAAUGACAAUGACCCAUAUUUUGUGAACAAUGAUACCAUAUACGGCUACAAAGCUUUUGUAUGGGAAGGGAGUGCAAAAAACUCAUUCCUGAAAAAUAUACUUGCCAAGGACGAUGAUGAGCACAAUAUUAUAACAUACAGUCUGAAGGAGAAUGAAGCUACUUAUCUAGAAGUAUUUCAGUUGGGAGAAAAAAGUGGGGAGCUAAAAGUUAUGGAAGAAAUUGAUUAUGAAAAGGACAAGACUAUGAACUUCACUGUGACAGCAACAGACAGUGGAACUCCUAGCCGAUCCACUAGUACAUGGGUCUUCCUAGAAAUAGGGGAUGUAAAUGAUAAUGAUCCAAAGUUUACUUAUGCCACCUAUACCAUUGAGGUUGACGAAGAGAAAAACAUUACUGGUAAACUUACAGUGGAAGCUAGUGAUGAAGAUUCAAAUGUCUAUGGCAACUUUGGCUUAGUAAACUACAGGGUGCUAGGAGGAACUAAGGACUCUGAGUUUUUUUCUGUUCAUCCUGAAACUGGUGCCAUUACAAACAGAGAUCGUCUAGAUAGGGAAUACCAAGAAAAUUAUCAAUUUAUUGUUGAAGCAUUUGAUAAUCCACAAAAUCCUAAUGACCGCAGAAAGGGUACAGCCCAGGUGUUUGUGACCCUUAGGGACAUUAAUGAUAAUCAUCCAGAGUUUGAGAAAUGGGAUGGUUGUGCAGAAGUACCUGAAAACACUGAAAGAGGAUUUCAAGUUAAAACAGUAAAAGCAACAGAUCAGGAUAAGGGAAAUAAUGGUCUUGUGGAAUAUACCAUUACUGAGAAUGGAGAAAUAGAAAAGCUCUUUGAAAUUGACAAUGAAACAGGAAUGAUUACUGUUUCUGGUAUUUUACUGAAUCUUCACCAAAAAUUCAAUGUAUCUAUAGCAGCAAAGGACAAGGGAAACCCAUCCCUAAACUCUGUCGAAACUUUUUGUAUUUUUGUUCAAGAUGUAAAUUUGAAUACUCCUAAGUUUGUAAAGUCUGAAGAAAAAAUUUACAUUCAAGAGGAUGAGCCAGAGGGAUAUUCUGUAACAGAAGUGAAAGCUGAAGAUAACGACUCUCAGCACACAGACAAUUCAAAAAUUCGUUAUGAGAUAUGUAUCGAUUGUGCAGAAGGGAAAGAAAAUACUGAAACCUUUUCAAUUGAUGAAAAUACUGGUAGAAUCAGACUUAAAGGUCGUCUAAACAAAGCUACAAAAUCAAAUUACAUGCUUUUCAUUAGGGCUUGUGAUAAAGGAGAGCCUCCUCUGUGCACUAGUAAUGAAGAUUCUGGUAACAGGCAUGCAGAAAUUCAGAUUUUUGUUCGUAAUAAGCAAGACAAAUUGCCACAGUUCAGACUGAGAACUGGUGAAGUAAGCAUUACAGAAGAAACUCUUGAAGGAAAUGACUAUAUUCCAGAGGCUAAGUAUCAAGAAGAAUUCAACGAAAAUGCUGAAAAUCGGUUGAUUUGUUAUUUUAUCAUAGGUGGUGACGAAGAGUAUUUUAAACUGAAUAAAAUGACAAGAGAAUUAACACUAAAAAAGAAGCUGGACCGAGAAACCAUACCUUAUCAUAAUGUGGUGGUGAAAGCACAAGAAAACUGUGAUCGUGAACCUGGAAAAGUAUCUGAGUUUAAUUUAUUGGAUUUAACAACAGUAAAAAUUACAGUAAAUGUCAUUGACAUUAAUGACAAUCCUCCCAAGUUCACAGAUCCAAGAUUUACAGGUGGGGUCAAGGUUACAGACAAAUAUGAAAAGAUGGUGGUGCGUGUUUCGGCUGAUGAUCCUGAUGAAGGAGAAAAUGCUGUGGUUUUUUACGAGCUGAAUAGUGAUUUCAAAAUGAAUAAUGCUGAAAACAUUGAAGAAAUCAAGGCUCCAUUUUAUGUGAACAAGACUACUGGAGAAGUAAUCCUUAACUUUCACCCUAAAAGUAACAUGAAAGGACAUUUUGAUUUUGAUGUAAUAGCAUACGAUCAUGAUAAUUUAAACAGCAUUACUAAAGUUUUGAUCUACCUGUUGCGAGGGGAUCAACAGUUACAUUUAAUACUUAAGAUACAGGUUGAUGGUUUUGCACAGGAGAUGAGAAUGAAGCUCAAGAGAUUGUUGGAAAACAUCAUAUAUGAGACAGUUAUCAUUGAUGACUACAAUGCUUAUGCAGGUGAUGAUAACAGAUACAACCCCGAAGAAUACACUGAUGUCUUUAUUCAUGUUGUUCGGAGGGAGGACAACUCUGUCAUGGAAGUAGAUGAAGCAUUGAAGUUAUUUGACAAAUACUGGGGAAAAGUUCUUGAAUUAAGGAAAGAAGAUUUUUAUAUCGUUUUAAUAGAUAAAAUUGGAAAGGAUGACACAAGUGAUUCCUGGGAAAGAAAGCUGAAAUUUAUCUUAUUUGGAGUUUUGGCAGGCCUUGCAUUAGCUUUCAUUGUCUUGUUAUCAGUUUCCUGCAUGAAAAUAAUUUCCCUCUCAAGAAGACUUAGAGCUGCCACUGCAACCUCUUUUGGAUCCCAGGAUUCUGGUCUCAAUCGAGUUGGUGUGAAUGAUCCUCCAAAUACUAAUAAGCAUGCUGUGGAAGGAUCUAAUCCUAUGUGGAAUCAGCAGGAAGACCUGAACUAUAAACCAGAUGAUGUCAGCAUGGAUGGCAGCGAGGACUCUUUUAACCUGCAGGAUUUUGAGAACAAAGCUGGAAUAAGUGGAAAAGAAAACAUUAGUUUUAUGAACACCCUUUCCAUGCCGCCUGCAAUAUUACCUUCCACUGGAAGUAAAAGCAUCAAUGAAAAGGAAAUUGAGGCAUUGGGUCUUCAAAAUCCUAAACCUCAACCACUGAUCAAUUCGCAGAAUAAUAAGUUUAAUGCUUUGAAAAGCUUAGAGAGCAAGUGGAGAUACCAGUUGAACCAAGAAACAUCUCAAGCCCCACCUUCCUAUGAUGCAAGCAGGAGAAGUAGUGCUUUUAAUUCCAAGCAAACUUCUUUUGAGCUUUGAUCUCAUUAGGUCUCCAGUUCUCAAAAUAAACGUAAAUUACAAAACUAUGUACUAAAUUCUUUUUAAUCUCUUAAAUAUGUAAGAAAUCAAGUGUAUUUAGGAAUACUUGAUUUAUUUUGUUUUUCAUUUAUAAAAAUUCAAAUUUAUAUAUUAAUUCCAUAGAUAGGGAAGAAUAUUUUUCAUAGUUAUGACAAAACAAUCUCUCCAAAGCGUAUUCUUAUAUUGAUAUUAUUUAUGUAGAUCAUGCAGACAGUCAUCUAUAUUGUUAACCUAGAAAAGAAUAAGUUGAAACUUUAACCUAAAAAUUAUAACUUUAUGUAGUUUAUGGCUGUACUGAACUAUGUAACUAAAUUAAAUUUGUCACUGCUUAAUUUUCAAACCUUUAAUGGAGUUAUGUUGUUUAUUAAGUAGGUUUAUGUAAGCAUAAAUUGUAACCGUAAGAGAAGAAGGUGAAGAUUUGAAACAAUAAAUAAUCGUUUUAUUUUAUUAUACAUUACCAAGGAAUUAAGUUAGCAAACUUAUUAAAAAUUUAACCACUUCAGUAUCGUUUAUUUGUAAUUAAUGACUCAAUUACAGUUUUUAAUCAAUGUUUUUUUUACUUCAUACUAUAAUUAGACACGAGUAUUGUCAAAUAAUGAUUUUAAAGCACAGUAGUUAAAAAUAAAUAACUUAUGAUUUAAGUAGAUAAUUGAUACUUCCUUUAUAUUCUAAAGAAUGUAACGCCAACUGGAAAAUAGAACACAUUUUCAAAAUGGUAAACAGUAUACAAUUUGACUCAAGAACGUACAUAUAUUAAUUUCUAAAGUUUCACUUAAAAACCUUUUUUCGGCAAUUUAGUUUAUGUAAACAAGCUUUAAAGUGAAGAAUUUAUUUUUAUGCAGUUACAUUAAAGUGCUGCAUUGAAAAAGCUUUCCAGUGAAAUGUUGAAAAUAAGUACACUUUCCUGGAAUUGUGUUACUUUAAGAUCAACUGAUGGUGCAUUCUGACAAAAGAAAUUUUUAAAACCUUUAUAAUUUUUUUCAUGUUACGUAUGUAAUUUAAUUAGUAUUUCACUGUGCAGGAGAAUUUUCGUUAAGGAUGUAUAAAAAAAAAACUAAAGAACAAGUGUAUUGAAUAAUUAUUUCAAUGUGUAGCAAAACUAGCAGGAAUUUCAUCAUAUAUUUGUAAUGAAAGUUGGCUUUACUGUUUUCAUAAAAUUUUGCUCAUAUAAAUAUUAUUAAAAUAACACAGAUGUAUUUUUUUCUGAAAAUAAAUGUAAUUUGUUUCUUCAGUAGGACCUUAUUAAGAAUCUGGGAUCUUACUAUAAAUUAUCCAGCCAUUAUUCCCAAGGAACAGAAAUACAAAAACUAUGCACUCUUCAGUUCUACCUCAUGUUUCUUCACACAGACUUGAAUAUUUUUAGAUGAUAAUAGUUAUCAUUUAACUAAUGACGAAUCAACCAUGGUGUUCACUGAUUGGUUAUUUGUACUGAGCUCAGCUUUAAAUGCACAUUUAUCUUAUGGUAUCUAGUAGCUACCCAAAGGUAUUACAGAAUUGAGGAAAAACAAGACAGUUGUACGUUUCACAAAUACAAUAUUUAUUAACAACCUGAUGAUGCUUUUACUGGCGAAACCAUGGUCGUGAAUAAAUGAUGUAUUUGUGAAACAAACAAUUGUCUUGUUUUUUUGUAAUUAUGGAAUUUCACCAAGUACCAAUGCUUUCAAGUAUCAACUCUAAGGUACCUCAGUCAAAGUUUUACUAUCAAAAUAAUAAUGAUGGAAUUAUUUUUUGUGAACGUUAUAUCGUACAAGAGCCUAAUGGUGUUAAUACUUUCUCCACAGAAAUUUUCAAAAACCUCAAUACAUUAUAUUUUCAUUCAACAUUAAAGCAACAAGAAAGUAAGUUGUUUAUAAGCAUAAUUUAAUGUUAAUACACCAUGUUAUAAACGUUGCUAUAACCUCAUUAAAUAUCUCUAAUUUUUAAUAAUAAUAUAACGUUUACAAAUUGUAUCAAUGUGAGAAGAAUCUGAUUUUUACAGUUUCUAUCAGUCUUGUGUUGUUAUAUAUCAGAUGACUCUGAAAUGUAUUAGUUCUUGUUUUCAUUAUGUUCAAAUUUAAAGUUAUAAUAGAACAGGUUAUAGUUGCAAGUUGUGGUCAUUGAUAGCCAUAUGUUUAAAGAAUAAAGUUCAAUAGGACAUAUAGCAUCUUGAUUACAGGUCAAAACAUUGAUUACAAACAAUAAUAACUGUUGGUCAGGAAAUGUGAAUUUAGUAACAAAUUAGUAUCAAUCUGUAGGUUAAAAUCCAUUAGCUAUAACGAAUCAACUUAAACCUUGUGUUUACAUUAUUCUUCUACCCAAACACGUAAGAUUUCUUUUGUUUUAUAUGUAAGAGUGACUUACAAUUUUAGUCACAGAAUGUAAGUGUGUUGCAUAUUCUGGUGAUUUUCCAUAUGAAGAGGAGGUCAGUUAGCAUCGUAGAUCCAAUCACAUUGAAAUGUUAGCUAUAAUUUAAAAAACAUUUUUUAAGGUCAUAAUACCCUAUCUAUUACUUGAAGUUU